UCCGAGCCUCGAUAGUGAAAUUGCGCGCCCUCUCUGUCAAUACUCUGCGUCAAUACUCUGCGUUAUCAUUUGGCUGCGAUGGCCCAAAACACACCAGACGACACACUCGCUCUACUUACGCGCCUCAGUCAAAAACCUGGGGUUCAAAGCACCCUCGUCCUAGCUCGCGACACCGGUGCCAUUGUCCGUACGUCGGGUCUGAUUUCGAAAAGUGCAUCCGCAAAUCCGAACAGCACGCUGCCAGCAUCGAGCGAGACAAGCGCGGACAAUUACACCAACACGAGGAAAGAGGGUGGCAUACACAAUGCGGAGGAUGUCGCAAGCAUGGUUUGGUCGUUUUUGACAGCAGCUGGUGACUUGGUCGACGGACUGGACACUGAGGAUGAAGUCAAGCUACUUAGGUUACGGACGAAGAAAAAUGAGCUUGUCAUUGUACCAGAUUCUAAAUACAUUCUCGUCGUGAUACACGACACUCCUCCGGCCUGAGCCCCAGCCUUCCUCUUCAAGUUCAUAUAUACAAGCGCGUCAAAUGAUACCCCGUUUCGAAAACGUACUUUUCUCCGCAAUGACCCUACCAGUGCGACGCACUGAGGGGUACCUCGUUGACAUCAACACCAUCUUUGAACCAUCG